UAGAGAAAUUGCUCAAGAACACGGAAUGGUUGUUAAGGGCGAACCUUUCCUUGAUUCGCAUUAUUUCCUCUCUGAAGACAAAACGGGUGUUGGCGCUCAACGAAGGAGAAAGCGUUCUUUAGAAAGUAUACAGGAUAGACCAGAAGUUGCUGAAUUAAUAGUAGACAGGCCUAGACGACGAGUUAAACGUGAUUAUAUUGAACAACCUUCAAUAAUCGGCCCUCUAGAAGAAACUCAAUCUGGCAGAAAGCGUCGUCAAACAACAUUUUUUGAACGUCGACCAGUUCCAAAAUUGCCAUUUUCAGAUCCUUUAUAUCAAGAUCAAUGGAUUUGGUAUUUUUGGGUACCAUUGGAUAGAGGACCCUCGACUUUGUAUUGUGAAUUGAUAUCCGUUUUCUUGCAAAAUCACUUUGGGCCCAGCUGAAUUAAUAGUAGACAGGCCUAGACUUUCAAAAAACUGAAACUUCAAACUCGACCUCGAACCUCGCCUAAAAGUCAACCCGAAACCCGACGUGCCCUCCUCGGCAAACCCCGAUCCCCGACACUUCCG